AUUAAUUAAUUUUUCCCAAAUUCUCAUUAGCCCUUAAAUUGCUAGGAAAAGAAUCGAGUGAUUGGUCAAAGCCCAAUCAAGACGGACAAAGAGCACCCCAGAAUCAAAGCUUUAUUGGAUAGACAUCGACUGAUGAAAAAUACAGCAAGUGAAUAAUUGAGUCUUUUACUCAUCUUCCUUUUGGUCAACAGCCAAGCGUCUGCCUCCCGCUUUCACCUCUGCAUCCUCCUCCGACUGCUCGGCCGAGAUAUCUCCGAUCGUCAGCUUGGGCACCCAUGUCGAAACCUCACGUACUCAUAUUCCCCUACCCAGCACAAGGCCACAUCCUCGCCCUCCUCGAUCUCAGCCACCAGCUUGCUCUUCGAGGUUUAUCCAUCACCCUCAUCGUCACCCCUAAAAACCUCUCCCUCCUCCACCCUCUCCUUCGUCUUCACCCCGUCGCCGUUCACACUCUUAUCCUUCCCUUCCCUUCACACCCCAAAAUCCCUCCUGGCGUCGAAAACGUCAGGGAGCUUGGGAAUGCCGGAAAUUACUCCAUGAUCAACGCUCUCUCCAAGCUUCAAGACCCAAUUAUCCAGUGGUUCAGGUCCCACCCUUCACCGCCGGUGGCCAUUAUAUCUGACUUCUUCCUCGGCUGGACUCUCAAACUUUCCGUUCAUUUGGGAAUUCCCAGAAUUGCGUUUUACCCAGGGAGUGCUCUGUUGGCCUUAAUUAUCAACUUUUGCUGGCGAAACACGCAGGCUGUACGGGGUCAGAGAGUAAUAGAGUUCUCGGAUUUUCCCGGAGCGCCGUCGUUUAAGGAGGAGCAUCUUCCUUCUAUAGUUCGAAAUUACAGGGAAUCCGAUCCUGAUUCAGAGUUCGUCAAGGAGAGUUCUCUUGAGAAUAUCGUGAGCUGGGGUUGUAUUUUCAACAGCUUCCGAGAUCUUGAGGGUGAGUAUUUGGAAUAUUUGAGAACAACAUUGAAGCACCCUCGGGUCUUUGUGGUAGGUCCAUUGAGCUUGAUUGGACCCGACAGCGGCGGCGAUCAAGCUAACCAGUACCCAGAUGAACAUUCCGAUUUGUUCAACUGGCUCGACGGCUGCCCGGAUGGGUCUGUGUUGUAUGUGUGCUUCGGGAGUCAAAAGUUUCUGAAACGAGAACAAAUGGCAGCCUUAGCAGCCGGGUUGGAACGAUCCAAUACCCGAUUCAUAUGGGUGGUAAAAUCCGGCACGCCACAACAAGUGGAAGAAGGGUACGGCGUUGUGCCAGAGGGGUUUGAGGAUCGGGUCUCAGGGCGGGGCUUCGUGAUAGGAAGUUGGGUGCCCCAAGUGGCUAUACUGAAUCACAGAGCCGUCGGCGGGUUUCUGAGUCACUGUGGGUGGAACUCGCUGUCGGAGGCCAUAGUAGCCGGAGUCAUGAUUCUGGGGUGGCCUAUGGAGGCUGACCAGUUCGUGAACGCCAAGCUGAUGGUGGAUGACAAGGGCGUGGCGGUAAGAGUGUGCGAAGGAGCGGACUCAGUACCCGACCCGGGGGAAUUGGGUCGGAUAGUAGCAAGAUCCAUGGGUGCAGAUAGUGCUGAAAAAGAAAGGACAAAAGCAAAAGCACUGAGGGAGAAAGCUCACAGGAGCGUAAGUGAGGAGGGGAGGUCGGGGAAGGAGUUGGACCAGUUAGUGGAAGCAUUAACUCAGCUCAAUGCACGAUAAUGAUUACCUACUCAAUGCAUUUGAAACAUAAAUGUGGUUCGGUUAGAUUAGUAUCUAGAAGUAUUUUUGAAAUUUGAAGUGUCCUAAAAAUAUUAAAAUAUUUUUGCAUUCUCAA